AUGGCCAACAUCGUGCUUAUGCGCGCGUACUAUGAGCGUCCAAACUUCUAUUCGGCUGCCGUCUACAUUUCCCAGAGCACCGGCUCUUUGAUGUUCUUGGUCAACCUGAUGCUCAUUGUAGCUGCGAGCGUUGGCUAUGGACUACAGCGGCUCUUCUACGGACCUCUCCGGCCCAUCGAGACGGAGCAGCUGUACGACAAGGCAUGGUUUGCUGUCAGUGAGACAUUGUUGGCUAUGACAAUUUUCAGAGACGAUAUCGGUAUAUGGUUCUUUACAAUGUUCCUCUGCUUGCUUGCGGGCAAGGUUUGGCAGUGGAUUGGAGAGGGGCGAGUCGAGUUCCUGGAACAACAACCGCCAGCGAACCCAAGACUGUUCCACACUCGUUUGAUGAGCUCCCUGCUGCUCUCGGUCGGUUUCGACAUCUUCAUGAUGCAAUACUGUAUCGACUCAAUCCUCUCUGAGGCCCGGCCUGGCGUCAUGGUCAUGUUUGGUUUCGAAUACGUCCUCCUAGCUAUCGCAUCGAUAUCGACCUUGUUGCGAUACUCACUCUCACUCGUCGAACUGUUCAUGACACAGCGCCAGGAAAGGGCACGUGAGGAAGCCCGCAGGAUCGCCAGCGAGCUAGCACGUCAACAAGCUGCAGCUGGUGGAACUGAAGCGCCUGUCGAGGUGGACGAUGAUGACGAUGAGGGUGAUGUACCCGGGUGGGAAGAAAAGGGCCGCUGGGUCUUCUACCUGGAUCUAGCGACAGACUUUGUCAAGUCAGUCGUGUACAUGGGCUUCUUCAUCAUUCUCAUGACAUUCUACGGCAUUCCUAUUCAUAUCAUGAGGGAUUUGUUCAUGUCUCUUCGGUCUUUGAUCAAGAGAAUUAACGAUUUCGUCCAGUACCGAAACGCAACUCGCGACAUGAACACACGGUACCCCGAUGCGACAGCCGAAGAACUCGAGCGAGAGAAUACCUGCAUUGUUUGCCGUGAAGAGAUGCGACCGUGGAAUCAGCCUGGUGCGGAUGGCGCGCAGCAGGGCCGCAGGAUGGAUGAGCGACAACGCCCAAAGAAACUCCCAUGCGGUCACAUCUUACACUUUAGCUGUCUGCGUAGUUGGCUCGAGAGACAGCAAGUGUGUCCAACGUGCCGCAGACCUGUUCUUACUUCGGCAGCCACUCCCAACACUCAACGCAACAACCAGGCCAACCAAGGGCAACAAGGACAACAGAACCUACCGAAUCGCGAGGCACUACAGGCAAUGUUUGGGGGGAAUGCACAGCAAGGCGGCUUUGGCGGACACCAAGGUGGUGCUGGAGGGCAGCAAGGACAGGGUCAGCCAGCAGCACCCCAGGAUGGUAGACCAGCAAACGGGCCUGCAGGCAAUAUGCGCGUGUUCAACUUGGGCCCACUCAGGAUAGCCCUCGGGAAUAUCCGGGUGCCACCAGGGCAGCAUGACAAUGCUGCUGUGCAAAACGCAAUUCAGCAGAUGCGACAGCAGGCUGUAGCAAACAACACGGCGCAGAACGCAGGUCAGCAAAAUGUGCCUUCCGGUCAACCAACCUUUGGACAAGGCAUCACUGCGAAUUUUCCCACUGGGCCGAUACCAGGAGCUGUUGCACUGCAUCCGGCCGAUAUUCAAACAGACAUUCUACGCAUACAACAGAACAUCAUUGAAUCGAUGCGACAGCUCAACGCGCAACACGAGCAACUUGAGGUUAUUCACCGGCUUCUUGACGAACUGAGCCGCCUCCGGCAAGCAUCUGGGGUGACAGGGGCAACCGGUCAAGAACUACCACCUAUUGCGCCGUUGAAUGGACCCAACAUGAACACAUUUGUACCACAAGCCUAUUUCGCCAGGGGACCGGUUCUGCGACAGGGCGAUGCAGGUGUGCCAGAGGGUCUGACGUUGCCGGAAGGGUGGACGCUGAGGCCGAUGGCACUAGCGCCACGGCCCGGACAUGAGGGUGGCACAAUACCAGCAUCACCACAUACAGAACGGUCAGGCCAAGACAGGGCUCCGUUGGCAGAGCAGACACAGUCAGCACCGGCAGCAGCAGAGUCUGGAGCAGAUGUGUCUCUGGCUGGCAAUGCGACGUCUCCGGGUCAAGCAGGGGCAUCGGCAGUGAGGACGAGCACUUCUCAGCAAGCAUCUCACUCUUCACCGAAGGCUGCGGAGCCUAGCAGUCUUGAGUCUAGCUGGAGUUUCGGUAACGUGGGGGAGAGGGCAGAAGCCGAAGGGUCGAGCUCUGCGGUUGGAGCCAGCAGUUCAGAAGGGCAGGCGGCGACGCGGAGAAGGGUGACUGUGGAGGAUGGCGAAGACAGCGAGCAGUGA